GUUUUUUCCUAACAAAAAGAAGGAAAAGAAGAAAGAAAAAGCCGUUUCAGCUUCAUUGAGCAGCUGCUUGCAGAGAAAGAAAGGAACUACUGGAGCAGAAGCGACUAAACUCCGAAGCUCCAAAACCCUAACAAAUUCCCCCAAUUUCUACCGACUCAGUUACAAUCGCCGAUAAAAAUGACUCAAGAUGUGGAGAUGCAUGAUACUCAACCCCUCUCGAUUUCUCUCUCCUCUGUUGAUCCACCUACUUUGAAGCAUUUGAAGGAGAUUGCGUCGCUCUUGGAAACGGGUUCUUAUACUAAGGAAGCCCGUCGGAUUUCUCGUGCUAUUCGCCUUACCUUUGCUGUUCGUCGUAAGCUUACGGCCCGUGUGCUCCAUUUCUUCCUUGAUUAUGCUCUUACACCGGGUUCCGAAGCUCAUGGGAAAAUCUCCGCAUUUCUUCCCAAGGGAGGUGAACAUGAGAUGGAAGUUGACACUGCAACUUCUGCUGUGCAACCUUCAGGGAAAAGUACUUUACCGGAACUGGAAAUCUUCUGCUACUUGAUUGUCUUGUUGUUUCUGAUUGAUCAGAAGCUGCACAAUGAGGCUAAAGCUUGUGCUUCUGCAAGCAUUGCUCGUUUGAAAUCAUUGAAAAGAAGGGUUGCUGAUGUUCUGGCUUCAAAAUUGUAUUCCUUCUAUUCACUGAGUUAUGAACUUACUGGUGAUCUUGCUGAAAUCCGUGGUGAACUCCUUACCUUGCAUCGGUUGACGACCUUGCACCACGAUGAGCUUGGUCAGGAAACACUUCUAAAUUUGCUGCUUCGCAAUUACCUCCAUUACAACUUGUAUGACCAGGCUGAAAAGCUGAGAUCCAAGGCACCUAGUUUCGGGGCCCAUUCCAACCAGCAGCAUUGUCGACAUCUCUUCUAUGUUGGAAAGAUCCAGACAAUUCAGUUGGAGUAUACUGAUGCAAAAGAGAGCCUUCUUCAGGCUGCUAGGAAAGCACCUAUUGCAGCCCGUGGCUUCAGGAUUCAGUGCAAUAAAUGGGCUGUGAUAGUGCGAUUACUGCUAGGGGAAAUACCUGAAAGAACAAUGUUUAUGCAGAAAGGCAUGGAGAAGGCCUUGCGUCCGUACUUUGAGCUGACGAAUGCUGUUCGAAUUGGUGACUUGGAGCUGUUCAGAGGAGUUACUGAAAAGUUUUCUUCUACUUUUGAUAAGGAUCGCACUCACAAUUUAAUUGUCCGCUUGCGGCACAAUGUCAUUAGGACUGGACUGAGAAACAUAAGCAUCUCUUAUUCCCGCAUCUCACUUUCCGAUGUUGCUAAGAAGUUGAGAUUGGAUUCUCCCAACCCUGUUGCCGAUGCUGAAAGCAUUGUGGCCAAGGCUAUUCGUGAUGGUGCAAUAGAUGCCACAUUGGAUCAUGGAAAUGGGUGGAUGCUAUCAAAGGAGACUGGUGACAUCUACUCAACAACCGAGCCACAGUCAGCCUUUGAUUCUAGAAUUGCUUUCUGUCUGAACAUGCAUAACGAGGCAGUACGGGCUCUACGGUACCCACCUAACUCGCACAAGGAAAAGGAAAGCGCUGAGAAGAGGAGGGAAAGGCAGCAGCAAGAGCAAGAACUUGCAAAACACAUUGCUGAGGAAGAAGAUGAUGAUUUUUGAUGAAAUUCACAAUCUAUGGUGGCCUUUGCUUUUCCAUGUUCAUGUCGAUCCCUCAGGAAGCCCUUUUGAGUUCUACCCUUUAUUUUUCUGAGAUGAUCAUGAUCAAAGUCUAGGUAUUAAGAUUUUCUUGCACUUCAAAAAUUUUAGCCAACGGCUUUAGUUGCUGCGCGCAGUUUGCUCAUGUUCGUAAUACUUUUUAGUUUAUCCAUUCAUCAAGAAUUAUGGAUCUGAUAUCAGAGUAUCUGUACCUGAAUCAUGUUCAACAAAUAUUCAUACUAUUUUCUUUAGGGCCUAAUACUUUCCCUAGUUUUUUUUUUUUUUGGAAAAUCUUAUUACUAAACAUAUGUCUUUAAGUUUGAUGAAAGUCCUUUCUUCUCUUGGUUAUCACGACAA